AUGGGCUGCACCUUAAGAAAAUAGAAACAAUUCUCAACUAUCAAUAUUAAUGAAUAAAAUACCUUUUAUUUUGUGAUAAUAAAUGCAGACCAAGGACUUAAAAAUUUAAAAAAAAGAAACAGAUUGUCAAAUUCAGUACCAAUUUUAGGGUCGAUAAGUAAUAUUUAUCAUUCAGUAAAAUCUAGAUCAUAGUACUAUAAUUUCAAGAAGAAUUAAAUUAUUUCCAUCUUAAUUUGGUUAAAUGGUGUUGAAAAUACAUAAUUUAAAGACUUCAAUCCAGGAACAACAUAAUGGAUGA